AUGCGGCGGGCGAGGCGCCACAUCAACCUUGGGGAGCUCAGAAUCGGGGAGAUCCGCACGAGGAGGGCGGCAACAGGCACCCUCCUUUUGGAGAUCCCCGGUCCCGAGGGAGCGACUAGGGCGGAUGCCCUGGCUGGAAGGAUGUCGGCCCUUUUCGCCGACAACCAGGAUGUGCGAAUAGCACGUCCGGAGAAGAAAGCCGACAUACGGGUUCGGGAUCUCGACGAGCCAAUUGCGGUGGUAGACGUGGUCUCUGCCGUGGCCACCGUCGGGGGCUGCGGACCCGACGAGAUCAGGGCCGGAGCGAUCUGCCCUGAGGCGGACCGGUUUGGGACAUUGUAG